AUGGAUGAACGAAAGAGUAGUAGUAAUGGAGGAAGAGAAGUUGUUAUCAAUGUUUCAGGUGAGGUAGCUUCAAAUGUUCCCUCAAAGAUGGCUUCACCAGAGUCUGAGAGAGCAGUGCCCAUCAACAGCAGCAAUUCUCCUGAAAUCUCUAAGCUUGUUGGUAGUCCUAACAAGCCUCCUAGAUCUCCAAAUCCCAGCAAUCCGGGUCUAACUCAGAGGAAAUCUUUUGCGAGGUCGGUUUACUCCAAACCCAAGUCCCGGUUCGUGGAUCCAUCUUGUCCUGUAGACGCAAGCAUCCUAGAGGAGGAGGUUAGGGAGCAGCUUGGUGCUGGCUUCUCUUUCAACAGAGGCUCACCGAACAACAAAUCGACGAGGAGUGUCGGUUCAACAACACCACUAACUCCAAGUAAAGCUGUUGCUGAGGUGGAGAAAGAUGAAGAUGAAGAGAUCUACAAAAAGGUCAAGCUGAGCAAGGAGAUGCGGAGAAAGAUAAGUCCUUUGACAUUGAUAGAGAUAGCUUUCUUUGUGGCGGUUUUGAGUUCUUUGAUUGCUAGUUUAACCAUUGAUGCCCUGAAAAAAUAUUACAUUUGGGGGCUUGAAGUGUGGAAAUGGUGUGUGCUUGUGAUGGUUAUCUUCAGCGGGAUGUUGGUGGCGAACUGGUUCAUGCGUUUGGUUGUGUUCCUGAUUGAAACAAACUUUCUUCUGAGGAGGAAAGUGCUCUACUUUGUGCACGGAUUGAAGAAGAGCGUCCAAGUCUUCAUAUGGCUCAGCUUGAUUCUUGUCGCUUGGGUGUUUCUCUUCAACCACGACGUGAAACGAUCCAAAGCAGCUACGAAGAUCCUCAACGCUAUAACAAGGUCUCUGAUCUCCCUCCUCACCGGAUCAUUCCUCUGGCUGGUGAAAACACUCUUGCUAAAGAUCCUUGCAGCGAACUUCAACGUGGUGAACUUUUUCGAUAGGAUUCAAGAUUCUGUUUUCCACCAAUAUGUUCUGCAGACGCUCUCAGGUCCUCCGCUUAUCGAAGAGGCGGAGAGGGUUGGGCGUGAGCCAAGAACAGGACAGCUGAGUUUCGCUACCGUGGUGAAGAAAGGAACGGUGAAGGAGAAGAAAGUGAUUGAUAUGGGGAAAGUUCACAAGAUGAAGCGUGAGAAAGUGUCCGCUUGGACAAUGCGGGUUUUGGUGGAAGCGGUUAGGACUUCAGGGCUCUCUACGAUCUCUGACACGUUGGAUGAGACAGCACUCGGUGAGGGGAAAGAGCAAGCUGAUAGAGGAGAGAUUACUAGUGAGAUGGAGGCUUUGGCUGCUGCUUACCAUGUCUUUAGAAACGUUGCUCAGCCUUGCUUUGGAUACAUAGAGGAAGAGGACUUGCUUAGGUUCAUGAUUAAGGAAGAGGUUGAUCUUGUGUUCCCUUUGUUUGACGGUGCUGCUGAGACCGGCAAAAUCACAAGAAAAGCUUUUACAGAAUGGGUGGUUAAGGUGUACACGAGCCGGAAAGCCUUAGCUCAUUCGUUGAACGACACGAAAACAGCGGUGAAGCAGUUGAACAAACUUGUGACAGCGAUCUUGAUCGUGAUUACUGUUGUCAUUUGGCUGCUGCUUCUAGAGAUAGCAACGACUAAAGUUUUGCUUUUCUUCUCCACCCAACUGGUUGCUCUGGCUUUCAUAAUCGGAAGCACUUGCAAAAGUCUCUUUGAAUCCAUCGUCUUUGUCUUCGUUAUGCAUCCUUAUGACGUCGGUGAUCGCUGUGUUGUCGACGGUGUCCCGAUGCUUGUUGAGGAGAUGAAUCUGUUAACAACAGUGUUCUUGAAGCUUGACAACGAGAAAGUGUACUAUCCAAACGCGGUUUUGGCCACCAAACCGAUAAGCAACUACUUCAGAAGUCCAGAUAUGGGAGAAACAGUUGAGUUCUCAAUCUCAUUUUCGACACCAGUCUCCAAAAUCGCUCAUCUCAAAGAAAGAAUCGCCGAGUACUUGGAGUUGAAUCCGCAGCAUUGGUCACCGAUACACAGUGUGGUGUUGAAGGAGAUAGAGAACAUGAACAAGCUGAAGAUGGCUCUGUACACCAACCACACCCUCACGUUUCAGGAGUACAGAGAGAGGAAUCUGCGAAGAACCGAACAGUAUAUGGCGGUUAAGAAAAUGUUGGAGGAGCUUCACAUCGAGUACACUCUCCUUCCUCAACAUGUUAGUCUCACCAAGGUGGAGAAAAAUUGA